AUGUCCAAUACGGUUAAGGUCGCUGUUACGCAGCAUGAACCUGUUUGGUUUGAUCUCGAUGCUACGGUCGAUAAGACGUGUCGGUUGAUUGAGGAGGCGGCGGAGAAUGGCGCCAAGUUGGUUGUUUUUCCUGAGGUUUGGGUCGCGGGGUAUCCGGCGUGGAUUUGGGCGCGCCCCCUCGAUCCCCCGCUCGCAACAUCCUACAUAAAAAACUCCCUCUCCUACGACUCGCCCCAAAUGCGCAAAAUCUGCGCCACAGCCCGCAGCGCAAAAACCGCAGUCGUCCUCGGCUUCUCGGAAAACGACCACAACUCGCUCUACAUCUCGCAAUGCACCAUCGCGCCCACAGGCGACAUCGUCAUGAAGCGCCGCAAGUUCAAGCCCACGCACAUGGAGCGCACGGUGUUCGGGGACGCGGGCGGCGCGAGCCUGAACAAUGUUGUUGAGGUGCAGGGCGUGGGGCGCGUGGGCGCGCUGAGCUGCUGGGAGCAUAUCCAGCCGCUGCUUAAGUACCAUACGAUGAGUUUGAGGGAGCAGAUCCAUGUUGCUGCGUGGCCGCCGCUGCAUGCGUUUUCUGAGGGGAGCGAGGGCUUGUAUAGCAUGACUGCCGAUGGCUGUGCGGCGCUGUCGCAAACCUACGCCAUGGAGUCGUCGACGUUCGUGCUGCACUGCACGGCUGUCAUGACGGGGCUGGGGAUCGCGGCACAUAGGACGGAGAAUACGUUCUUUGGCGUUGAGGGCGGGGGGCGUUCGGCUGUCUAUGGGCCGGAUGGGAGGAGGCUUACUGAGGCGAUUGCGCCUGAGAAGGAGGGCUUUGUGUAUGCGGAGUUGCCGAUGGAUAUGCUGGUUAGUAUGCGCCAUUUUGCGGAUCCGAUUGGGCAUUAUUCAAGGCCGGAGCUGUUGUGGUUGGGGGUUGAUGCGAGGGAGAAGAAACAUGUGAGGGUUGAGGGGGAUGAGAAGGUGGAGGCGGUGGGCGUUUGA